AUGGCAGUAAGGCUAACAGCCGGCGCAAUACCGCAAAUAUCAGGCGAAGAUUGGCAAAAUUUUGACCUGAAACCGGUGCUUCAGGUCACCGAUAUUCGAAUGGUGGUGACGCAAUCAUCGGCCGCCCAACAGAAAGAAAGAUACAAACUUUUGUUAUCUGACGGUGUAUCUAGUCAGCAAGGGAUGCUUGCUACUAAUCAUAAUGAAUUGGUUACUUCUAAUCUCUUGCAAAUUGGCUCCGUUCUUCGACUCGAUAAUUUUGUUCGUAAUUUGAUUCGCGAUCGCAUUAUCAUUUUACUUGUCAGUUUCGAGAUACUUGAUAAGUGUGACAUUAUCGGUGAUCCAACACCAGUCCCAACUCCUCCAAUGGCUAGCCAUGUAGUACCAUCACAGUCUUCUCUGAAUCAGUCUGCAACAACAGCUAGAGGUGCUCGGUCUUCUAUCGAAGGCUCACUUGCGGGCUCUGUUAUAAGGCCGGAUUCGAAUGUCAGCCCACAAAUUUAUACUUCAGAACGUCAACAUACCACGGGCUUACAUUCUUAUGGUACCUCCUUUAAUAAUAAUUAUGGGUCAGGACAAUAUAUUACAAAUCGUGCUCUUUUUCAGCAGUCUCCUGCAAACAACCGUACACAGCCAAUGCAGCAGACAUAUAAUCAACAAUCUUCAAUGUAUGGUAACAGGGCCCCCAUUGCUAAAAAUGAGGCUCCUUCAAGAAUUAUACCCAUUGCUGCUUUGAACCCUUAUCAAGGUAAUUGGACCGUUAAGGCCCGGGUGUCUGUAAAAGGUGAACUUAGACAUUACAAAAAUGCCAAAGGAGAUGGUAAAGUUUUCUCAUUUGAUCUACUUGAUUCUGAUGGUGGAGAAAUACGAGCAACCUGUUUCAAUGCUGUGGCUGACCAAUUCUACAACCAAAUUGAAGUUGGAAAGGUGUAUUAUAUUUCAAAAGGAAGUAUAAAACCCGCUCAAAAAGCUUUUAAUCAUUUAAAAAAUGAUCAUGAAAUUACACUUGACUAUUCAUCAACUGUUCAGCCGUGCUUUGAUGAUGAUACUUCAAUUCCUCGUCAGCAGUUCCAUUUCUGUUCUAUUGGUGAGAUAGAGAACAUGGAUACCAACAAUAUCUUGGAUAUAAUUGGUGUGGUAUCUAGUAUCAAACCUUCACAAGCGUUAAUGACGAAAAACAACGUUGAAACUCAAAAACAGGUUCUUACCUUAAGGGAUGGCUCUGGAAGAAGCAUUGACUUGACUUUAUGGGGUAACUUUUGCAACGUAGAAGGUCAAACACUUCAACAGCUGUGUGAUUCUGGUCAAUUCCCCGUUCUAGCUGUAAAGUCUGCUAAAGUUCAUGAUUUUAACGGGAAGUCAAUCGGGACCAUAUCCUUGAGCCAGCUGUCUAUUGAACCUGAUAUCCGUGAGGCGCGUAAUCUUAGAGCAUGGUUUGACAGUGUCGGGAGGAAUACCCCUUCCAUUUCCAUGUCAACCACACAUUUAGAUGUAUGUAAGACACUCUCUCAGAUUAAAGAUGAAAAGUUAGGGACAUUUGAGAAACCAGACUGGAUAACUGUUAAAGCCACCAUCUCGCAGCUAAAACUUGACUACUUUUGCUACACAGCAUGCCCGAAUAUGGUUAAUGGUAGGCAAUGUACCAAAAAAGUUGUGGAUAAUGGAGAUGGAAAAUGGCGAUGUGACAAGUGUGAUCAGGUUGUUGAUGAAUGUGAUUAUCGAUAUAUCCUUCAGCUGCAGAUACAAGACCAUACUGGUUCCACAUGGACAACUGCAUUUCAAGAAACUGGUGAGAAGAUAAUGGGCGUUUCUGCUAAAGAGCUGUAUUUCAUUAAACAUGAAAAGCAAGAUGAUGAUAUGUUUACUGAAAUAGUUCGUAACGUCCUUCUUAGUGAAUUUACUUUUAAAUUGAAAGUAAAAGAAGAGGUAUAUGGUGAUGAUCAGAGAGCAAUAAAAUCCAAUGUUCAUUAUGCAGAAAAGAUUAAUUUUUCGUCAAAAGCAAAAUCACUACUUCUGGAUCUUCAGAAUAUGCAUAAAAAAGAGGACCCUGGUUCCAUACCUCCAUAUCUUGGACUCAAUCCCCCAUCUGGGAAUAUGGUUCAUAAAAAUACUGCUCCAAUGAAUUAUGCUGGAGGUGAUACUGCUGUUGGCCAGCGUAAUGUUAUAAAUGCAAGUCACCUGGGUCAUUAUGGGAGUCAGUAUGGUGGGAAUAGUGGUGCAUCUGGUGAGUGCUAUAAGUGUCGUCAACCAGGGCAUAUUGCACGAGACUGCCCUGGUGUGGGCAAUGCAGUUCCACCGUAUGGAAGCGGAGCUGUUCCUUCAGGCAGAUUUGAUAGUGGUUUUACUUCAGGAGGAGGAAGUAGUGGAACAUCCGGUGGUUGCUUCAAGUGUCAUCAACCGGGGCAUUAUGCACGAGACUGCCCUGGUGCGAGUAAUGUUGCCUCACCUUAUGGACGUGAAAAUGUUGCUUCAGCAAGAUUUGACAGUGGUAUAUCUUCUGGAGGCGGGAAUAGUGGUGCAUCUGGUAAUUGCUUCAAGUGUAAUCAAUCAGGUCAUUAUGCAAAUAACUGCCCUGCUGUGAAUGGAAGUGUUGCUUCUGGACGAUUUGGCAAUGGUAUGGCUGCAGGAGGUGGAAAUAGUGUUGCAUCGAUCGAGUGCUAUAGGUGUCAUCAGUUUGGCCAUUAUGCAAAUAACUGCCCUGGUGUCUAAGCAAACAUCUUGGUGGUUAUCGACACUUAAGAUCUGUUACGCGGGUGCUUCUAUGAAAGCGAUAUUAUGCUUAUAUGCUAUAUGGAGCAAAUCAGCCAGUCUUUUAGUUGCCGUCAAAGUAAUUUUCAGUAGGUUUUUAUCUUGUGUUCGUAUUAUCUAAUUCUUGGUUUCUCCGUUAUGUAACUGAAGGCUGCUCCAAUUUUGCGUUGGCAUGUAUAUAAGGCAAGUGAAACAGAUUUUUUGAUCAACAGACAUGUCUAACAUGUUGACGGUUAAACUUUAUCCCCUGCACUGAAUGGAUUUAUAACAAUUAGUAAAUGAGCCUACGGAACUUUUUGGUUAAAGAGAUGGAAGAUGACCAACAACUAAACCCUGCAUUUUACUUCAUUGUCACCAUCAAAAUUUAUGAAAUUGAAACCAAGCAAAAAGGCAGAGAUUUAGGAAACUGUUGAUAAUACCUAGAUAUACAGGGUUACUAUUAUGCAAUUUGAUAUG